UAUUUCUUUUUUACUUUUAUGUCUGUACCUGUAAUAUUCUCAUGUUCAAAAAAUACGAAUAACCAAAAGUUGCCCCAACACAUGUCUCCAUCUCGGGGCCAACUGAGGCACGUGUCGGCGACGUGGUACCCUUAACGUGUUCUACUGCUCCAUCUAAUCCUCCAGCGGAAAUUAAAUGGAUGGUUGGUGGCCGUCAAAUUCGGAAUGCGACAUCAAAGACAAACGUCAGUCCAGAAGGUGGAUGGAUUACUGUAUCUAACUUAACCACCACGGUUGAGCCCAAUAAAAAAUCGUUGGUUGUAAUUUGUCACGGUCUGAAUAUGCAGCUAACAGAGAAUGUAGUCUCAACACAUACAGUAAAUAUUUUAUACCAACGAUGCGCAAUAGUGGACGGACUGACAGAACACCUCGAACUCAAACGCGAAAUUAAUACCGCCGCCGAUCUAGAAGCCAACAGAGCAUCAGCCCUGGACGCCAUAGAAAGGUCACAAGAAUACGCCUCGAAGCACUUCGCCGAAAGAAGAAAACCACUUGAGAUAUACUCCGAAGGCGAUUUCUUGGUGAUACGCAACACCGACACCGUUAUUGGUACCAAUAAAAAACUUAUACCAAAAUAUCGCGGUCUUUACGUAAUCCACAAAGUCCUGCCUCAUGACCUGUAUGUCAUUAGAGAUGUAGAGAAUUGCCAACUAACUGAACUACCCUAUGACGGCGUUGUAGAAGCGGCUCGUUUAAAACGGUGGGUCACUUGGACAUGAGGGGUCUGAAUGGUUUCCCAGUUGUGGGCGACACCUCCCUUAUUCAAUGGUACAUACAUACGAUUAAGUUAGUUAGGUCAAAUAUUUGUAUAGAAUAAAUGCAUCUGUAAUAGCAUAAUAGUUUAUUGCCCAAAUAUAAUCGAGGCGAUUGUAAGGUGACAGGUAAUAAGAUC